GAGAGCCGCUCGCGGAGAUCAGAGUAGAGUAAGCCACGCCUCGCCUCCAGCGGGCAUCUCUGGCCUUCGCCGGAAGCAGAGAGAAGCUAGAAAUGGCGAUCAAAAUGGAUAAGACGUCCAUCAUCGUUUGCUCAGUGAUCGGCUCUCUAGGAUUGUUGAGUGCCAUCCUGGGAUUCUCGGCAGAGGGCACAAAGCUCACUUUUUGCUGUCAUACUUAUUUCAAGAUUCAUUGAUUCAAGUUCUCCGUUUCAAAGCAACCUACAAACAACAACCUCUAUUCAAUCAAAUUAUAUUAUGCCUCUUUUUUUUUUUAUCAGUAUCCAGUUAUUGUGUUUCCUUCUAGUAUUUUUUUGUGGGCACAUGAUAGAUCCUGUUUAAUUAGCUCUGAACUUUGUAUGUUAUGUUACACGCGCUUGCCUGCCUGCUUGUUAACUGAUGAACUCGAAUAAUCAUGCUCCAUAUGCAUGCAGCCAUAUACCAUACUGGUGUACGGCGACGACUGCCUCUACCCGCAGAACCCGGCGAUCGGGCUCGGGAUCUGCGCUGCCAUCUUCCUGAUAGUGGCUCAGGUCACCUUCUCGGCGGUGAGCGGCUGCUGCGGCUGCUGCAGGUCCCGCUCCAUCCCUUCCGAGACCAAGAGGAUCGUCAGCAUCGUCUGCGCCGUUUUCUCAUGGAUAGCGGCGGUGAUCGCGUUCGCGCUGUUCAUAGAAGGAGCGGCGUGGAACGCCAACGUGGUGCGGGUGGCCGAAGCGCCCUACUGCCCCUACCUCAAGGACGGCGUCUUCGCCGGCGCGGGCGUGCUCGCCCUCGCCGCCACGGCGCUCGGCAUCACCUCCUUCAUCAUGCAGCGGCAGACUCAGCCAGCACCUGGUGGGGCUACGGCUGCGGCAGCGCCGCCGACAUCGGCCGCCGGCACGCCCGCAGGCUGGCAGCCGCCGUCACCCGAGGUCGUAAAGGGCCACCCGCUGUUACCCUCGGGCAAGCCACAGAACGACUACCCUGUAAAACCCCAGGGAUACGAGCAGCAGCCUCAGCCUCAGCCUCAGGUCGUCCCUCCGCCGACUGAGUCUCACUCUCACCCACAAGGCUACGGCGCACAGGCACCCCAGAUCCAGAACCACCAGCUCCCUCCGCGCCCAGCCCCAGAGGCGGCGGCCGCGGCACCGGCGGUCGUAGUGGCAUCACUGGCAAGCGCACCCUUGGAACCAAGCCAGCUGCCGGCGGCGGCGGCGCUCGGGGUUGCGAUGGCCCAACCGCUGCCGCAGGUCCCGGCCGUCCCGCUACCUCAAGUACCUAUCCCGGCGUCUACUGUUCCUUCGGCGGCAGGGCCAGGGAGCGGACCGUCGGCUCUGUCGACGGUUAUCCGGAACGAAGUAGCGAGACAAGGAGUUAAAUUGGCUGCGCAGGUGGUGACGCAGUCCCUCUUCUCUGACAAUAACAACGUUGGGGAUGGCGUUCUUUCCAUGAUGGCUGGUUCUGCUGGAGGCGACUAUGCUGUUCAGACUGCAAAUUAAUUGAGAAGGAUGACGAUGAUGCUCUGCUUGUUCUUCCGGUAUUUGUCAGUAGCUUUGAGACUACGAAGCAUGCAUGUCCCUGUCUUUAUACCUUCUUGAUCUCGUUUGAAUCAUCCUAAGAUCGAGCUUUACUUUUCAUUAUACCUGUAAUGUAACUUUUGCCCACAGUUUCCAUCAGAAUUGUGCAGCUACACAAUUUAUCGACUACAUGCUCUUUUAUUU